AUGGACGUCGAGAUGCAGAUGGAGGCAAAUGGGCUGCCUGCGCAGUUCACUUCAAGUUCAGAUCGACCUGAAGAAUCUCACAUUGCCGACAACCUGGCAGCAUCAAUAUCAAAUUCCGAAAUGCCUACUGAACCAGUCCCAUCAAAGGCAGUGCUGACUGAACCUGCGCCUCAAAUAGAACCCAUGGCGACAGUAUCAGAGUCAGCAUUACAGGCAGUACCUGAGGCAGUGAUAGAGUCAGUCACUGAGACUGUAUCUGAACUGCCUACACUUGCCACAAACGGCCAUAUGGACGACUCUUUAAAUCAACCUCUCGCGGCUGUUCCAGACUCUCAACCUCAACCAUCUCUUGAUAGUAUUUCAAACGCGCCUGCGGCACCCACAGCGUCAGUUAUUGAGACCACUAUGACGGAAUCAUUCGUGCCUUCAUCCAUUCCUACCGAAAUACAGUCCUCAGCAACACCGGCUGAUAAUACUCAAACGACCAUGGAUCUCUCCGAACUUGCCGCAAUUCCACCUCAAGCGCCAGAAUCAAACCUGCGGACGUCACCUCAUGCUGAUGCUUUAGCCCCUGAGGCUGUCGCAGAGAUCGAAGCACAGAAACAUGAACUGGAUAACUUAGCCGACGCGCCCACGAUCUCUGCGAAGGCUGAUGCUAUGGACAUUUCUUCAUUCAAUGAAUCAAUAGCACAACCAGAACAAUCUACAGUUGCCGAUAUUGGUCUUCCCUCCCCACCUGCACAGUCACCACCUCCUGCCCCUCAACCAGCUGCAGCUACAUUACCAGCAGACCAGCCAGUCGAGCCCGUGGUAGAGCCGCCAACUGCGUCCGAGCCAGUGGCAGAGACUGUUGUUGCGCCAGAAGCCGAGCCUGUAACAGCUGAACAGCCAUUCUCGGUACCAGAAGCUCUCCCUGUACCAGCCGAAGAGCCAAAAGCACCAGCGCCUACACCAGCAGUCCCAGCUCCUGAAGAGCCUGUCGAUACAGACAUGAUCGAUGUGCUCCCUGCUAAACAAGCUCGACCGCGGGACGAGGAUGGAGACUCUGAACGCGCCGCCAAGCGUUUCAAGACGGACGAACCAACGACACAAGAACCUGCAUUCAAAGUCCCAGAUGUACCUGCAGCUGCUUCGUCCCCAAUAGCAAAUGGCGAUGGCAACCCUGCCGCAAAUGGAAUUGGUGAUGGUGAUGACUCUGUCACACCAGCUCGAUUGGCACAUAUGAAGAAGGUCAUCUCCAAUUUGAAGAAGAGUUCUGCUUCUACAGCGUUCAGAGUUCCAGUGGAUUAUGUCGCGCUCAAAAUUCCUCUGUAUCCUGAAAUCAUCAAACAUCCCAUGGAUCUCGGAACCAUCGAUCACCGACUGAAGCAGAACCAAUACACUUCCAUCUCCUCCUUUGUCAGUGACUUUGAAUUGAUCGUCAACAACUGCGUCAGAUUCAACGGUCCUGACCACGGUGUCGCACAGCAAGCUCGAAAGAUGCAGUCCUCGUUCAACAAUCAGAUGAAGAACCUGCCAUCCGCCACCAUCGAGGAACCGUCAAGGGAAGCCAAGAAAGCGGCAAAGAAACAAGAGCCUACGAGACAAGCACCUCCUCGUCGACCAUCAGUGACCACUCCCACACCGACUACCGCUCCAGUUGCUGCAGCGCCUUCGCCAAAGUCUGUUGCUGCUCCGCCCACUCCAUCUUUUGCUCCUGGACCUGACGGCAUCCCACUGAUCCGUCGCGACUCGAGCUUGACCGAUGGUAGACCAAAGAGAGCUAUCGUUCCUACCAAGCGGAACCAGGAAUUUGGAGGCGGCAGACCAAAGAAGAAGAAGUACGAAUUGCAACUUAGGUUCUGUGACGAGGCUCUGAAGGAGAUUGCAAGCCCGAAACACUGGCAGAUGAAUCAGUACUUCACUCAUCCAGUGGAUCCGGUCGCCUUGAACAUCCCAACCUAUUUCCAGAUCAUCAAGAAACCUAUGGACUUGGGGACAGUUCGAACCAAGCUCAACAACAAUGUUUAUGAAAAGGCCAGAGACUUUGAAGAAGACGUCCGCCUCGUAUUCAAGAACUGCUACAAGUUCAAUCCUGAAGGCGAUUUGGUCCACAAUGCCGGUACUCAGCUGGAAGGUCUAUUCAACAAGAAGUGGGCCACGAAAGAUGACUGGAUUGCGGCUCGUGAACCGGCUUCCGAGCCUCAGUCUGAGGCAGAUGAAGACGAAGAGGAUGAGGACGAGAGCGAAGAUGAUGCUGAGGAGAGUGAGGAUGAACGAGCCGAGAAGAUCAAAUUGCUGCAGAGGCAGAUUGAAAUGAUGUCCAAGCAGAUGGGUGAAUUGACCCAGAAGAAACCCAAGAAGUCCAAAUCUCCACCUGCAAAGAAGAGCAAGUCCAAGUCGAAGAAGGAGAAGCCUGCUGCAGGUGUCAAGGAGGGCAAAGAAAAGAAAGAAAAGAAGAAGUCUGCACCAAAAUCGAAACCGGACAAGGAUCGCUAUGUCACGUUUGCUGAAAAGCAGUACAUUUCGAAUGGUAUUGCCAUGCUCCCGGAAAAACAGAUGCAGGAGGCCCUCAAGAUCAUUCAGAAUAGUGUUCCAUCUUUGGCAAACAGCGACCAGAACGAGAUUGAGCUGGACAUUGAGGAAGUGCCGAACCAUGCACUUCUCAAGUUGCUCAACUUUGUCAAGAAGUAUGCUGGGCCACCGCCUGAUGAGCCAAAAGCCGAGCCGACCGAGUCAUAUGGUACCACCACGACCAAGUCGAAGAAGAGCAAGCCUAUGAGCAAGCAUGAACAGGAGGCGCAGAUUGAGGAAUUGAAGGGCAAGUUGGGCGCAUAUGCUGGACCAAUCUCUCCAAAUGCGGUUCAAUCCAUUGAGACUGGUGAUAGCAGUGAUGAUGAUGGAGAUUCGGAGGAGAGUGAGGAAGAGUAGACCAUGAAAAUAAUGCUUACGGAGCGGGUGCAUUCAGGAAGGGGCUGUAUGAUGUAUUAUGAAUCAAAGGGGUUUUGGCGAUAGAUAUUAUCGAGUUGAGCCGGUCUCAAAGGGGUGAGCACGCUUGGGGUUGCUGUCACCAGAUUGAGAUUUGAGUGAUGAAGAUUGGCGAGCAGUGGCAGGUUAUGUAGCUGAAGUUGAUGAAGCAAAGCAGCGUUUCUAGCUGAAAAGCAAAUCGUGUAACAGAUGUGGUCGAGGAUCCUGUAAUGAAGUAUCUUGACGUCCC